AUGUCUAUUCCUCCAGUUGAUUACAGUGUUCCACCUCCGCCAAUUCCGAGGCUUCCAGUUAAUAUCCCAUUACCACCCCACCCACCUCCGCCUAUCUUUCCGAGAGCAAUGCCUUUAUAUACCAGACCGCCACCAGUACUUCCGAUGCUAUCAGUACCGCCAGUACCAUACCCUCAUUCACGCAUGCCUCCAGCUCCUGUUCCACAGUUACCUGUACCCAACUUUAUGCCCACCAUUGAUAUACAUUCUGUCCCUCCACCACAUCCAGUAUCUUCCUACCAAGCAUCCAAAUCGCACAGAGAUACUAAUGAUUAUCUACCGUGGAAUUACAAAACAUCCAAUAGCUUGAGUAAUACGAGUCCUGGUAUAACUAGAAUAGAUCAUGGUUUGUGUGGUACAACAUAUAAAAAAAAAGAAAUCUAUCGAAAUUCGAGAGAACCAUCAAGACAUAGCUAUUCUCCCCAAAGAGGGCAUUCUCCUUUUAGGGGACAGUCCCCUCACAUAGGACAUUCUCCACAUGGAUAUUCUGAUAGGAGCAGGAGGGAGAGGGAUAGAGAUAGAGAACAGAGGAAUCCGACAAGUCAUAGUCCUAGAUAUUGCUCUAGAAGUCCACCAAGAUACAGUUCAAAAUUAAACAGAAGUCCUUCUCGAUAUAGCUAUAGAGAAAGAGAGAAAGAAAGAUAUUACAUGGAAAGAGAGAAAAAGUAUUAUGAAGGAAGACGAGAAUAUGGUAGAAGAAAAUAUGAAUAUGAUGUUCGCCGCAGUGAAUCUCAAUACAAAGAUUAUAGAAGCCACAGUAGAUGUGAAGGUAGGGAUAGAUCACCAAGCAGAAGGGCGCAUUCUCCUAGUAGGGAGUCCAAUAGAGAAAGUCUGACGAGAGAAAUGUCACUUCACCGACAAGAAUCACUUUUAGGCAAACCAAUGACAGAUCGUGAAAAGAUUUUGGAAGAAUAUAGGAAAAACUACUGUAGAACUUCUGAAGAUUUUAUACAGAAAAUGGAACAGUGGUCGAAAGAACAUCUUUCUGAAGGAGAAGAGUCGUCAAUGUGGUAUAGGAGUUCACCAGCUGAGCUCUAUUACAAAGAAGUCCAAAAUGGUGAAGGAGUCGAACAAACUUUAAAACUGCAGAAACUUUGUGAAGUAUUCAUGAAGAAACUCAUUGAGAGGGGACGUAAUGCAAGGCCUGAGGUUGAUGAGCUCCCACCCUUAAAGCCACCUAAAUCGAAAAUGUGCAAACAUAAACUUGAUGAAAAAAGCUCAUCGUCGUCAUCAUCGUCAUCAUCAUCAGAAAGUGACGGAUGUUUAGAUGAAGAGGGCUUGCAGGGCUAUAGUGAUAGGAUAAUGCUAGAGCUACAGCGGAAACAGAGUCAUCCCAGGAGAUUGCACCCUGAAAUGUGGUUUAACAACACCGGCGAAAUGAACGGCGGUCCGUUGUGUCGGUGUAGCGCCCGAGCCCGUCGUCACGGCAUGCGGCACGGCGUCUACGCCGGCGAGGAAUCAUUCCCGAAAUGUAUUCCUGAACGAAGCAAUAUCGACAAACUGUAUCAUUAUCGUAUAACCGUGUCGCCACCAACAAACUUUUUAAUCAAAGCGCCAACAAUCAUAGCUCACGACGAACACGAAUUUCUAUUUUCUGGCUUCUCUUUAUUCUCGCACUACAAACUUGCCAAGUUGCCUAUGUGCAAAGUCAUAAGGUUCAAUAUUGAAUACACAAUUCUAUAUGUGGAAGAACCGGCACCAAGAAAUUUUACUAUACAAGAAUUAAGUCUAUUCGAGGAAUUCCUAUUUACGGAGUUACUAGAGUUGAUUGAUUUGGACCUGGGAAAAGCCACGGAUACAACAUGUUCACAAUUCCAUUUUAUGCCUCGAUUUGUAAGAUUUUUACCUGAAGGAGGAUGUGAGGUACUCUCAAUGUGUGAAGUUAUAAAGUAUUUGAUUGACGAAAGUGGUUUACUGAUACCGAUGGAAAAGUUGAGUGACGUACAUGAAAUGGAUCACUACACCUGGCAAAAGUUUGUUGAUAAAAUCAAAGGUAUGAUAGUGACUUACCCCGGUAAGAAGCCGUGCUCGGUGCGCGUGGACCAGCUCGACCGAAGUCCGCCGACGGGCUCCGAAGCCGUUAAGAACCCUAAAGCAUUGAAGAAAUACUUCCCUGAAAUCGUACACUUUGGUAUACGUCCGCCGCAGCUCAGUUACGCUGGCAACCCCGAGUAUCAAAAAGCAUGGCGUUAUUACGUUAAAUACCGCCAUUUAAUAGCGAAUAUGGCGAAGACUUCUUAUAAGGAGAGACAGAAAUUAGCCGCUAAAGAGGCUAAGCUGCAAGAGAUGCGCACUCAGUCUAAAAUGAAAAGGGACGUGACUGUCGCUAUAUCGUCGGAAGGGUUCCACACUACCGGACUCAUGUGUGACGUCGUGCAGCACGCGAUGUUAAUACCGGUGUUGGUGCGUCACCUCCGGUUCCACAAGUCGCUCGAAAAACUCGAGAAGAAAAUCGGUUAUAUUUUUAAGCAACGAGCAUUGCUCCAGACUGCAUUAACUCAUCCAUCGUAUAGAGAAAACUUUGGUACCAACCCUGACCACGCGAGGAACAGUCUCACUAACUGCGGUAUACGACAACCGGAGUACGGGGACCGAAGAAUACAUUAUACAAGAAAGAAGGGCAUAGUAACACUUAUCAAAAUAAUGUCCAGUUUCGGGAAAAUCAGUGAGACAGAAUCAGAGAUUAAGCACAACGAACGUUUGGAAUUCUUGGGAGAUGCUGUAGUGGAAUUCUUGUCUUCGAUUCAUCUUUUUAAGAUGUUUCCUGGGUUGGCAGAAGGAGGACUCGCUACUUACAGAGCUGCCAUUGUACAGAAUCAACAUUUAGCACAACUUGCUAAGAAUAUAAAUCUUGAACAAUUCAUGCUGUACGCCCACGGUUCGGAUCUGUGUCGCGACGUAGUGAUGCGACACGCGAUGGCGAACUGCUUCGAAGCUCUUAUGGGCGCAUUGUUUCUCGACGCUGGACUUGAGGUAGCAGACCGAGUCUUCUCUCUGGCAUUGUGGCACAAUGAAUCGGAGCUGCUUGAAGUUUGGACGAAGGAAAGAGCACAUCCAUUACAAGAACAAGAACCUUUGGGCGACAGGAAAUAUAUAAAAGACUUCGAAUUCUUACAAAAAUUGACCGACUUCGAAGAAUCUAUAGGGGUACAGUUCAAACACAUACGUUUGUUGGCUCGUGCGUUCACGGAUCGCUCGGUCGGCUUCACUCUGCUCACGCUCGGAUCCAACCAGCGCUUGGAGUUCCUCGGCGACACGGUGCUCCAGCUGGUCGUGUCCGAUCGACUGUACAGGCACUUCCCUGAUCACCACGAAGGUCAUUUGUCGCUGUUACGGUCGUCUCUGGUCAACAACAGAACACAGUCUAUGGUUUGCGACGAUCUCAACAUGUCUGCGUACGCUAUAUACAAUAAUCCUAAAGCGAAACCGACCACAAAGAAACAUAAGGCUGAUUUACUCGAGGCUUUCUUGGGAGCAUUGUUUAUUGAUAAGAACCUGGAGUACUGUCAGGCGUUCUGCAACGCGUGCCUGUUCCCGCGCCUGCAGCAGUUCAUCAUGAAUCAAGACUGGAACGAUCCCAAGUCUAAACUACAGCAGUGCUGCCUCACGCUGCGGUCCAUGGAGGGGGGCGAGCCGGAUAUACCGGUCUACAAAGUAAUCCAGUGUCUGGGCCCUACGAACACGCGAGUGUAUACUGUGGGCGUGUACUUCCGCGGGAAGAGAUUGGCGGCCGCACGCGGACACUCCAUACAGGAGGCCGAGAUGAACGCGGCCGAGGAAGCCUUGAAUACUGCAUACGGAUUAUUCCCGCAACUAGAUCACCAGAAACGUAUAAUAGCGAAGAGCGUACGUAAGAAGAAGGGGGAUCGCGAGGACCCGUCCGAGAAUAGCUCGCACGGAAUGCACGACGACAACGUACCGAAAGCUUACAGGCUCGGCAGCAAACCUGACAGCUCCGACGAAAGCAGCGUCCACAGCGGAUCCGAGGAUCCCGAGGAUCCCGAGUCGCCGGCCAAAUCGGACGAGGACAGCGGCCUAGACAGCGACACCGAGUCGGAGCUGCCGGGCAAACUCAAAAACGUCCAAGUCAGCAGUCUGCUCAGCGACAUGGAGAAAAUAAAACAGGAACUCAUCAAGAACAACGAGUAUGAGAAACUCAAGGAGAAAUGCAGACGGUCCGACUCAGAUGAAGAAUGAAACGAAUAGAAUUUAAAAAAACAUACACACACACACCGACAGACAGACACACACACAUGCACACACACAUAUGCCCACACACAGACACACACGCGCUCACACACACACAAACACAGGCGCACGCACGCAC